AUUAUUCUAAAAUAAAAGUGCGUACAGUUACCAAUAUUUUCCCGCAGUAAGUGUGACCCUGCUCUAAUUUGAAGUAGAACAGUUCUGCCAUUAAAAUUCAACCAAGCUACCAUUUUUUUCUUGUAAUAAUUCUUGUUAUCUUCAAAAAGAAAAAGAAAUCAAGUGUUUCAGUUAUUUCAAUUACAAAUUCCAGCUUCUGGGGUUGGAAUCAGUAAGCCUAACCCUAACCCUAACCCUAACCCUAAGUCCGUUUUUGUAGAGGCCAUGGACGAGAAUGAAGCUGCCGAAGGGGACGGGUUUGGGAAUCGGGUCGGGGCUCCGAUGGAGGAGUUCCACAGGAAUGAAACUAUCUCCGCUGUUGCGGAUGAUGGGUUUCUUGUUGACGAAGAAGAUGAUGAUUAUGAGGAUCUUUAUAACGACGUUAAUGUUGGUGAAAAUUUUCUUCAGUCAGUUCGUAAGAAUGAAGAUUUAGGGUUUAAGAAGGAGGCUGAGCUUGUUGCUCCACUGCCGGAGAGUAGCCGUGCCGCUCUGUCAGUUGCAGUUGGAGAGGUGAAAGUUGAGAAAGAAGAGAAUGUAGUGUCUAGGGUUUUGGAUGGAGCUGACUGGUUUAGGGAUUUAGGGUUUAGAGAGAAUGAGUUGGGAGGUAGAGAUCCGGUAAAGGUCGAGUCUUGUGAUCCGGUAAAGGUUGAGUCUUGUGAUCCGUCGGGUAAGGUAGCUGAUUUAGAGCAGAAUGGGGGCGAUAAUGUUGUGAAUCGAGGGGUAAUUCAACGUCCUAAUGCUGCUGGUGUGGGUGGUUUAGGCAAUGUUGGUAAUUCUGGGAAUGAUAAUUUGGUUAGGCACGAAAUGGUGAAUGGGAAUUCUGCGGGUAACAAUGUUGCCAGUGUAGGGGUUUUGGGUGGAGGAGGAGGCGGAGGUGGAGGGACGGUUCUAUUUGUUGGUGAUCUGCAUUGGUGGACAACAGAUGCUGAGCUGGAGGCAGAGUUAAGCAAGUAUGGAACUGUGAAGGAGGUUAAAUUUUUCGACGAAAAAGCUAGUGGGAAGUCGAAAGGUUAUUGCCAGGCUGAGUUUCAUGAGCCUGCAGCCGCCACAGCUUGUAAAGAAGGGAUGAAUGGACAUGUGUUCAAUGGGCGGGCCUGUGUGGUCGCCUUUGCUUCGCCAUUCACUGUGAAGAGAAUGGGUGAGGCUCAGAUGAAUCGAAAUCAGCAGACGGCUCAGGCUGCUCCUGUGAAUUCACAGGCGAGACGGGCCCCUGGCGAUACAGCUGUUAAAACUGGUCUUAACAACAACAAUGCUACAGGUGGUAAUUUUCAAGGUGGUGGGGAUAAUAACAGGAAUUUUGGGAGAGGAAAUUGGGGCAGAGGAGGUCCUCAGGGGAUGGGGAAUAGGGGUCCCGUUGGUCCUAUGAGAAAUAGGCCUGGUGGUGGCGUUGUAGGAAGGGGGUUUAUGGGAAAUGGUGGGAGCGGAUUUGGACAAGGUAUGGGUGCUGGACCUCCGCUGAUGCAUCCUCAAACAAUGAUGGGUCAAGGCUUUGAUCCUGCUUUUGGAGGACCUAUGGGGAGAAUGGGUGGUUAUGGAGGAUUUCCUGGUGCUCCAAAUCCACCAUUUUCGGGUAUGUUGCCGUCAUUUCCACCAGUUGGAGGAGGUGUUGGUUUGCCUGGUGUAGCUCCUCAUGUAAAUCCUGCAUUCUUUGGGAGAGGAAUGCCAAUGAAUGGUAUGGGAAUGAUGCCUCGUGCUGGUAUGGAGGGGCCUAACAUGGGUAUGUGGUCUGAGCCUAACAUGGGUGGUGGAUGGGCGAGAGACGAGCAUGGCUACAGAGCGGGAGAGUCGAGUUAUGGGGAAGAAGCUGUAUCUGAUCAUCAGUAUGGAGAAGAAAGCCGUGAUAGAGGGGCUUGGCCUAGUAACAAAGAAAAAGAUAGAGGCUCAGAACGAAAUUGGUCUGGUUCUUCAGACAGAAGACAUAGAGAUGAUAGAGAACCUUCUUAUGAAAGAGAUAAGGCUAGAGAUAAGAAUACAGGGCAUGAUGAUGAUUGGCAAGAGGAGAGGCGACACCAAGAUGAUAGAGACGUUGGACGAGAGAGUGUGAGAGAGAGGGAUCGUGACCACAGUCGCACACGCUCUAGAGAUCGUGACCGUGACCUUGAGAAGGAUCGAGGUAGUGGACGGGAGCGUGACCGUCAUAGGGAUGAUAGAGAUAGAUAUGGUGAUCAUCAUAGGUACAAGGACCGUGAGCAAGAAUAUGAUGAUGAAUGGGACAGGGGAAGAUCAUCAAGGAGACACACCAAAUCACGGUUACCGCAAGAAGAUGAUUCACGGUCAAGAUCACGGGAUCUAGAUUAUGAAAAGAGGCGUCGUCUGACCACUGAUUAAUCUGCUGGCCUACUGCAUUUUUCUAGGAUAACUUUGGCUGUUUUUCUCUCAGUAUUCCUUUUGCAAGGAGCAUUGUCACUAAUCAUUAAGACGAUUUUCCUGUGAUGAUACCAGAGGAGAUAUAAGUUCGGCUACUUCUGAAAGAAAUAAGGCGCGUCUCUUGAAGACGAACCAACCUUGAAUCUUUCGUCUGAGAGAGCAUUUUGUGGAAAGAUUGAUCUGCUUGUGUAACAUGUGUCAUAGUUUUUAACCUCUUUUAUCUUAUGCUUUAGUUAAGUGUUAGACUUUAAAAUAUCCUAUGUCCGAUGAGUAUGACUUGAACAUACUGAACUGAACUUGUAAUUUUGAUGUAAUGUUUUAGGAUUUAAUCCUCAGUUUUUUGCUGAUCUGCUACCUUCUAGUGUCUUUUAAUCAUCUGUAUUAUCUUUUCAUAUUCUUUGUGCCCAGAUUUUGUUGGGCACUCUGAGGUUCA